CACUCGACCCCCCCCCCUUGCGACGGCAUCUCCACCCUGGUUUUCUGAUUUUCGCUACCCCGGCGGAUCGAGGUUGACGGCUUCACUUCCGAGCCCCGCAGCAACUAGGCUCACCCUCGAGGCGUCCGUCCGACAAUCGUGGGCCGCCUUCGGGAUCCCCUUGCGCUGUGUGCUCCGCCGUGUGGAGCGUGCACGAAUUUAAUAGUUGUCAUCGAGCCGAUACUACCUAUACAAACACUCUUAUUGCCCUAAUCGGGCCAUAUUAUACCCGUGGUUGAGGCCUCAGCAGGUUCCCCAACACCGCCGACCUCCUUCGCUUCUCGAACUCUCCGUUUCCCCCAAUCCCUCCGUCUCGCACAUACCAAACUCUACGCCAACCACCUUCUCUGUCGUCACCGAAAACACUAUGUCGCGAUCUAACGCCCCCAAUGCGACGGGAUCCCGAAAGAUCUCAUUCAACGUCAGCGAGCAGUACGACAUUCAAGAUGUCGUCGGCGAAGGUGCCUAUGGUGUUGUCUGUUCGGCGAUACACAAGCCAUCCGGCCAGAAGGUUGCCAUCAAGAAGAUCACGCCGUUUGAUCAUUCCAUGUUCUGCCUGAGAACUCUGCGAGAGAUGAAGCUGCUCCGAUACUUCAAUCACGAGAACAUCAUAUCCAUCCUCGACAUACAAAAGCCCCGCAACUACGAGACCUUUAAUGAAGUGUACCUCAUCCAGGAGCUCAUGGAGACGGACAUGCACCGCGUGAUUCGUACGCAGGAUCUGUCGGACGACCAUUGCCAGUACUUUAUCUACCAGACGCUGCGAGCGCUCAAGGCCAUGCACUCGGCCAAUGUCUUGCACCGCGACUUGAAGCCCAGCAACCUGCUGCUGAAUGCUAACUGUGACCUGAAAGUCUGCGACUUCGGCCUCGCCCGAUCUGCCGCGUCCCAAGAGGACAACUCUGGCUUCAUGACCGAAUACGUUGCUACCCGUUGGUACCGCGCGCCCGAGAUCAUGUUGACAUUUAAGGAAUACACAAAAGCCAUUGAUGUCUGGUCUGUCGGCUGUAUCCUGGCCGAGAUGCUGAGCGGAAAGCCGCUGUUUCCCGGCAAGGACUAUCACCACCAGUUAACCCUGAUCCUGGACGUUCUCGGCACUCCGACGAUGGAGGAUUACUACGGGAUUAAGUCUCGCCGCGCUCGCGAAUACAUCCGUUCUCUCCCCUUUAAGAAGAAGGUUCCCUUCCGAACCCUCUUCCCUAAGACUUCCGACCUCGCCUUGGAUCUGCUGGAGAAGUUGCUGGCUUUCAACCCCGUGAAGCGCAUUACUGUGGAGGAGGCCUUGAAGCACCCGUACCUCGAACCAUACCACGACCCGGAGGACGAGCCAACGGCGACGCCGAUUCCGGAGGAGUUUUUCGACUUUGACAAGCACAAGGACAGCCUCAGCAAGGAGCAACUGAAGCAACUGAUCUAUGAGGAGAUCAUGCGGUAG